GCAGCCAGCGGAGAGUGAAAUUCCUUGAGAAAGCCCCUUUCCUGCAUCGCACCCGCAGCACUCUGAGCCUGCUUGCAGCCCAGCGGCCUCUCCGAGAAUGCUACAUUUAAAAGUGCAGUUUUUGGAUGAUUCCCAGAAGAUUUUUGUGGUUGAUCAAAAGUCAUCCGGGAAGGCUCUGUUCAACCUGAGUUGUGGCCACCUAAAUCUGGCUGAAAAGGAAUAUUUUGGAUUAGAAUUCUGUAGCCAUUCUGGAAAUAAUGUCUGGUUGGAACUUCUGAAGCCUAUUACAAAGCAAGUUAAAAAUCCUAAGGAGGUUGUUUUCAAAUUUAUGGUGAAAUUUUUCCCAGUGGACCCUGGACAUCUGCGAGAAGAACUUACAAGGUACCUGUUUACUCUUCAAAUAAAGAAGGACUUGGCUCAAGGAAGGCUUCCGUGCAGUGAUAACUGUACAGCGUUGAUUGUCUCUCACAUCUUGCAAUCAGAACUGGGGGAUUUUCAUGAAGAAACAGUUAGGAAACAUCUGGCACAAACCCGGUAUUUGCCAAACCAAGACUCUUUGGAGAACAAGAUCAUGCAAUUUCAUCAGAAGCACGUUGGCCGGAGCCCCGCUGAAUCUGACAUUCUUCUUCUGGACAUAGCACGGAAGCUGGAUAUGUAUGGCAUCCGGCCACACCCUGCCAGUGAUGGGGAAGGGAUGCAGAUCCAUUUGGCUGUUGCUCACAUGGGAGUUCUAGUGUUACGGGGAAAUACAAAGAUCAAUACAUUCAACUGGGCCAAAAUUCGAAAGUUGAGUUUUAAGAGAAAGCAUUUUCUCAUCAAACUUCAUGCCAACAUCUUGGUGUUGUGCAAAGAUACACUGGAGUUCACCAUGGCCAGCCGGGAUGCUUGCAAGGCUUUCUGGAAGACUUGUGUGGAGUACCAUGCAUUCUUCAGACUUUCUGAAGAACCCAAAUCAAAACCCAAAACCCUACUCUGCAGCAAGGGGUCCAGUUUCCGCUAUAGUGGGAGAACCCAAAGGCAACUUUUGGAAUAUGGAAAAAAGGGGAGGUUGAAGAACUUGCCCUUUGAAAGGAAACAUUACCCUUCUCAGUACCAUGAACGGCAGUGCAGGUCCUCACCAGACAUCCUCUCUGAUGUGUCAAAACAAGUGGAAGAUUUGAGGCUAGCGUAUGGCGGUGGGUACUACCGAACUGUCAAUGGAGUGCACGUAUCUGAGCCAGUGCUAGACAGCAGACGGAGAAACUCUGCAGUGGAGGUGACAUUCGCAGCGGAGCUGGAGCGUUCCAAGCCAGAGGCAGACCCCAUAUCAUUCCAUCAGUCCCAAAGCAGCAGCUCUUUCCCUUUUCUUUACACAGACCCUGUCUUUAACAUUGACCCUGAUCCUGAUGUGGAUCCCAGAGACUACUUUGAGGAAAGGAGUCCUCUAAGCUCCUUCCAAACACGCUAUAAGUUUGCUGACAGUCACAUGAGCACAUCUUCUGGCCUUCCAAAUAAAGUGAGCCCAGCAAGGCAACUAACAUACACAGAUGUGCCCUAUAUUCCUUGUACUGGUCAGCAGGUGGAUAUUAUGCCCCCUCAAGUGUUUUUUUACGUGGACAGGCCUCCCCAGGUGCCCAGACGCUCUCCAAUCAUGGCAGAGGAAAGGGAAAGGCCAGACAGAUGUCGAGAGCCGGCUGCUAUGAAACCAGCCAAAAGAAGUCCAAGGAAUAUCAGAGUGCAGCGAUUUCAACAAGGCUACCAUGAACUCCAAGGAGCUAUGGCCAGGACUAGUGGUAGGAGUAAUACCAAUGUAACUCAAGAAGAGGAAGACUCUAAUUUAGAAGAUGUCUUUGCAUACAGCAUUCAGGAGCAAACCCCUAAACGGUCUCAGAGUCAGUCAGAUAUGAAAAUGAUUCGUUUUCCUUUUGGGUCCGAAUUUAGACCUUUGGGACCUUGUCCUGCCCUGAGUCGUAAAGCCGACCUGUUUACAUACAUGUUGACUGAGCAGGAAUUUCCACCAGUUGUUAUGGACCGGGGAACAGCAGAGAGGUAUGUAGCUAGUGAAUCCAGUGAUUCUGAGUCAGAGAUUCUUAAAACAGACUACUACCCUUUGUAUGGCAAAGGAAUAAGAUCACCUAGAACCAGAAUCCGUUUGUCUUCUGGUAGUCUACAGCUGGAAGAGGAAGAGGAAGAUGUUUCUUUUAAUACACCCGCUGUGGAAGACAGGACUUUGUUAAAACCAUAUAAUUACUUUUUAGCUUAAAACACCUAAUUCAGUGAACAUUUUAGGGCCAGUUCCAUAUUACAAACUUUGGUGGAAAAUAAGCAAAUGUCUUAGAGACACCAUUUUCUUAGUUACUCCAUACUGAUAUCAUUAAGGGACUCUUCAAAGUUUGGGCACCUCACGCAUAAAAAUUGGCUCCUGUCUCAUGCACCGAGCUCAAAUCUUCUUUCUUUGAAGGGAUUCUGGAACAUGCCCUCUGCUCACCAGAAAUGUGCUGGUAUGAGGUGGGCCCUGGCCAUGUCCACUAUACACUUCUCCAUAGAGACUCAACAUGAAGGCUCGGUUCUUCAACACUGAAGAUGGAGAAAGUAUGCUUAGGCACACAGACUUGGCUUCUGAGCUCAUUUAGUGAGUUAGUACAUUGUGAACAGGCUGGUCAUUUUAAACAGUGCUAUGAGUAAAGGUAUUGGUACUUAUUAUUUUCAUGGUGAUCCUGUUAAAUAGAGGUCGUGUUCCACAUUACAGAAGCCAAUUUUUGAAAGAUGUGUCGGGGUGGGGUAUGGACCUCAGCAACAAAAUAGGUCCUCAUGAAAGCACAUUUGCUGAUGAUGCAUCUAGGACUUGGAGAAAUUCUAAAUUGAGAAAUACAUGAAUUCCUCUAUUUCUAAAGCCGGAUUAUGCCUCAUGAGAAUAUAAAAAUGUUGGAAAUUACCUCUCAUCUUAACUAUUACCUGUAGUGAAAGCUCAAAGUUAACGUGUUGAUUUGUUUAAUCUAUUAUCUCCUGUAAGGUAUUGUCAUAACUGGUUGCAUGUAUUUAAGUGAGACAUGAAAUGAAUGGCAUUUUAAUAAAGAGUGAUGAAAAUCAGUUUAUUAA